CAACCUGAAAACACGCCACUGUACCGUAAAUAUACGGAUUUUAACUAUUCGUAAAAUGGCGUCCCACGGUAGAACAACCGGUUGGCCUAAAAGAGAAAGGAGUGAUUCCUUUCCAUCUCUUCAAAAUCAAGGGCAGGAAUCAAAUCGAAUGAUUAAUCUAUAUCCUCUAACUAACUACACAUUUGGAACAAAAGAUCCAUUAUAUGAAAAAGAUGCAUCAGUGCCAGCAAGAUUUUCACGUAUGCGGGAAGAAUUUGACAAGUUUGGAAUGCGCAGAUCUGUUGAAGGGGUUUUGAUUGUACAUGAACAUGGCUUGCCACAUGUGCUACUUCUACAGCUCGGAACAACAUUCUUUAAAUUACCAGGAGGUGAGUUGCGGAAUAAAGAAGACCAAAUUGAAGGUUUAAAAAGACUUCUGACAGAGACAUUGGGGAGACAAGAUGGUGCUCCUAUGGAAUGGACAGUCGAAGAAACAAUAGGUAACUGGUGGAGACCAAACUUUGAACCCCCUCAGUAUCCAUACAUCCCUGCUCACAUCACACGACCUAAAGAACAUAAAAAACUCUACCUUGUGCAAUUACCAGAGAAAGCAUUAUUUGCAGUCCCUAGAAACUACAAGUUAGUAGCAGCUCCAUUAUUUGAACUGUACGACAAUUCAUCUGGUUAUGGUCCAAUAAUCUCAAGUUUACCACAGGCUCUUAGCAGAUUUGAUUUCAACUACAACUGAGUGUUGCCCAUUAAAGUAUCUGUAUAUAGAAGCUGUGACAAUAAACAACAAAACAGAAUUGACAGAGAUGUUGAAAAAUUCAGGCAAUUCAUUCAGACUGUGAAAAUGGAAGGAUUUACUCUUCAUUUAAAAAAACUAGACAUUUGUUAAGUCUGGUGCAGCUAUUUUAGACUAUUUUAUACAUAAGGAAAGCACAUUUGGAUUUUUUCAUGAAACAUUUUCAUUUCAUUUCAUUAUUGUCUUUGUAAAUAAAGAUUGUCUGUAAAAUUG